UUUGAAGCGACCUAGCAGAGAUUGUUCAUCUGGUCGAGUUAUACACGAAACGGCCAUUAAAAAGUUUCUAACACCCCCAAAAUCUGGAUUUAAGGCCAAAAAACCGUUUUUUCAGUUUCUUCUUAAAAAAAAAUUCAUUAAAAAACCAAUUUUCAACCGAUUUCAAAAUUCUCAACGGUUUUGGGUAGAGAAUUGUUGACACUUUCGAAAUAUAUAUAGUGUUUUAUUCAUUUGAAAAAAGUAUGAUAUGUUUUUUAAGCCAGAAGUUGAAAUUUUUGGAAAUUUCAUCCGGUUUUCCGGUUUCGACGUCAUUUUUUUGCCACUAAUUGACAAUGAAUGAACCUCUUUGGGCAUGUGUCAUCGAGAGGCAUUCAUUACUUAAUUAUACCACUUUUUUAUUUUUGGAAAGGACUUAAAGUUUUCAAGUUAUGCAGCAUAAUCCAAAAUUUCAUGUUUUGGUCUCAAACGUCCUAUAGGGGUACUGUGCGUAAGUUAAGAAAUUGGUUAAGUUUAAGGACAUUGAUGGUUUUUUAAGUAACAAAUAGUCAUUUUUAGCGAUAGUUAGAUUAAAAACAUAUAUAUCAGUGGUCGCAAACAAUAAUGACCUAAGUCGAGAUAUGUCGGUUUGUCCAAUUAAUCUUCGUUUAACAGAGCAAUAAUGCACUUUUAUUUUUAAUGUUUAUCAUAUACUUGAUUUAGAAUGAGGGUUUGGUAAAUAUAUACUACUAAUUCGAGACUUUGGGCGUUUUCUGCAACCUUUUUUAUGGCAUUAUUUCUGACUUUGAACUGAGAAACGAUACCGAUAUGAAUACAAUUUUUUCCUGUAAAGCUGAUGAAAUCGGCCACCUAGUUCGUAGCUAGACUGACCAAGAUUAUCCAAAUGAGAAUGCCAAAAAUGGAUCUUGAUGGACAUUUUGCAUACAAUUUCUAAAUUAGUUUCCGAGAAUUCUUGAACCACUUCCUUGUAUAUUGAACUUUCUUCAUUUACAAGAUAGCUAUUACCCAUAGAGAUGAAACUCAGCUGUAUUUUCUACUUGUUUCAUCAAUCGUCAGAUUGCGAAUCUGGUCAUUAAUGCAGUCACUAAAACGUCAUAUUCUUAAUAAACUUCGCGUAAUUAAUUACACGGGAUCAUUCGCUCCAAAAAAAUUGAAAUGUGUGAUAAACGCAACCGGUUUUGUUACGUGUGUGGCUUGUUUGUUGACAAGCCACAUCGCUCGGAGUUUAAAAAGAAUCAAGCAGUGGUUCACUCCUUCAACGACUUGUUUAAACUCUCAUACGUUGAAAGUGCUUGGUAUGAACCCGAAAGUGUUUGCUCGACGUGCUCUGCAGUACUGAAGAAAGUGAAAUCCGGUAAGUGUUAUAACCAGCAUUUGUUAUUUGAGACUCCCAUGACUUGGCAUUAUCAACCGUAUCACAAGUCGAAAGAUUGCUACUUCUGCCAAACAGAUACCGUUGGCCAUCACUACAAAACUCGCAAUCUCAUAAAAUAUGCUAAUGUGUUGACUGUAUCGAGACCAACCCCGAAAGAAAACACAGGGGAGCCAACUGCAAACGGACAAGCAGACCCUUGCAGCGAGUUCCCGAUUGAAAAAAAUGAGGACUCGUCGUAUGUUCCAAAUCGGGCAGUAGUAAAGGAACGACAUUUUAUAUCUAGCCAAGAUUAUAGUGAUCUUAGUCGAGAUUUGAAUCUGUCUUAUAGAGAAACAGAGAUCCUGGGUUCACGAAUAAAGCAGUGGAAUGUAGUGGAUGAUGACUUUAAAGUGACAUUCACACGAAACUUAGACUUAUCGUCAUUCGAAGAAGUUUUUAAGGCUGAUGAUAUAGACAAUAAACUUGUAUAUUGUGUUGAUGUGGAUGGAUUGUUUGCUGCCUUCGAUCACGUGUACUGCGCAAAAGAUUGGCGAUUAUUUCUGGACGGUUCUUGCAAAAGUCUGAAAGUAGUAUUAAUUCACAACGAGAAUCAGUUGCCAACAGUUCCAAUAGCAUACGCUACUGAUAUGAAAGAGACGUAUCAAACGAUGGAAAAGAUUUUACGAUUAAUCAAUUACAAUAAACAUCAAUGGCAAAUUGUCUCAGACCUCAAAGUUCUGACAAUACUUCUGGGAAUGCAAGGAGGCUACACUAAGCAUCCGUGCUAUUUCUGCGAAUGGGACAGUCGUGCCAAGGAUCCUUACAAGUGUAGCGUGUGGCCUCCGAGAAAGGGGUUUCAAAUUGGAAUUAAAAAUGUUCUCAAUAUCCCAUUAGUAAAACCUGAUAACAUUAUCUUGCCGCCAUUGCACCUAAAGUUGGGCUACAUGAAACAAUUUGUAAAACGACUCGACAAAAACAGCGAGUCAUUUCUGCACCUGGAAACAGUUUUUCCCAAACUAAGUGAUGCUAAAAUAAAAGAAGGCAUUUUCAUCGGACCCCAGAUUCGCAAGCUGAUGAUUGAUGAGAAUUUUGUCGAAAAACUGAACGAAGUAGAAAAGAGAGCAUGGCUGAGUUUUAUCUCUUUAUGUCAUAACUAUCUUGGAAAUGAAAGAAGUUCUAAUUAUAAGGAAGUGGUUCAAGAGUUUUUGGAAGCUUAUGGAGAAAUGGGAUGCAAAAUGUCAAUCAAGAUACAUUUUUUGCACUCUCACUUGGAUUUCUUCCCGGAUAAUCUGGGUCAGUUUAGCGACGAGCAAGGUGAACGAUUUCACCAGGAAAUCUCGGCAAUAGAAAAGCGCUUUGCUGGAAAAAACCACGUUAAGAUGAUCGCUAAUUACUGCUGGUCGCUCAAACGUGAAACCGACGACCUGUAUUAUAAGCGCAAAAGAUCCAGGAAACAUUUUUAAUUCGAAUUGGUUGAGGUAUGUAGUUAGCGAGCAUCUUA